GACUGUACGGGGAGGGGCCGCCAGAGACACGUCAAGAGACCCUGAGAAAGUGAAAGGAAGCGGCCGCAAAGCAACAGGAUAAGCACAGUACAAGUAGGAAACACGGAAGGCUGUAUGAGCUGAGUGAAGCCUGCGAGCUUUCACACCGCUGCUACUCAUCGCAAGGCGGGCAUGACCCACUUUCUGGGAGCCUGCACUAUCCUCUGUUGAUUUUUGCAUUGGCUAGACUUCACAUCUCAUGCAAUGAGGAUCCAUCUAAGAAGAGGGCCACUGAUCGUGAAAACAUGCAUACUGUUUGGCCUGUUUAUGAUCACAUACGUAGUAGUAGAACUUUCCGUUUCUACUUUGCACUCUUCAGGAGUUAGUCCUACGACCAAAAAAAGGUGGGAAAGGGAAUUUGCUGCCACAGAGGAGCAAAUGGAGGACAUGAGUCGCUCAGUUUACAUAAAACCACCCCCAGAUCCUAACUCACCCGGGGAAUGGGGCAAGGCUGCUCGUCUGCAACUGAAUCCAACGGAGACCAAAUUACAGGAUGAAAGCAUUGAAAAAUAUGCUAUUAAUAUUUUUGUGAGUGACAAAAUAUCAUUGCAUCGACACAUACAAGACAACAGAAUGUAUGAAUGUAAAUCAAAGACCUUCAACUACAGAAAGCUUCCUACAACAUCCGUUAUUAUUGCUUUCUACAACGAGGCUAUGUCAACUUUGCUUCGAACAAUACACAGUGUUUUAGAAACGUCUCCUUCAGUGCUUCUGAAAGAAAUUAUAUUAGUCGAUGACUUCAGUGACAAAGUUUACUUGAAGUCCCAACUUGAAACUUACAUUAGUUCCUUGCAAAGGGUCCGUUUAAUAAGGACCAACAAGCGUGAAGGGUUGGUGCGUGCUAGGCUGAUCGGUGCUACGUACGCCAUAGGAGAUGUUCUAACGUUUCUGGACUGUCAUUGUGAGUGUGUCUCUGGCUGGUUAGAACCACUUCUGCAGAGAAUUGCUGAAAAUGAAACUGCCAUUGUCUGUCCGGUGAUUGACACCAUAGACUGGAACUCGUUUGAGUUUUACAUGCAGACAGGAGAGCCCAUGAUAGGAGGGUUUGACUGGCGGUUAACCUUCCAGUGGCAUGCAGUCCCAGAAAAAGAGCGCAAGAGGAGGAAAUCCAGGAUAGACCCUAUCAGAUCUCCAACUAUGGCAGGAGGAUUGUUUGCUGUGAGCAAGAAAUACUUUGAAUACCUUGGAACCUAUGACAUGGGGAUGGAGGUCUGGGGAGGAGAAAAUCUUGAACUAUCAUUUAGGGUCUGGCAAUGUGGAGGAUCUUUAGAGAUUGACCCAUGCUCUCACGUUGGACAUGUGUUUCCUAAGAAGGCUCCUUACGCAAGGCCAAAUUUUCUGCAGAACACAGCCCGAGCCGCAGAAGUGUGGAUGGACGGCUAUAAGGAGCACUUUUACAACCGUAACCCACCUGCCAGAAAGGAAAGAUAUGGAGAUAUUUCAGAACGAAAAGUGCUUCGGGAAAAGCUACAGUGUGAAAGUUUUGAUUGGUAUUUGAAAAAUGUUUUUCCUGAUUUGCAUGUGCCAGAAGAUCGUCCCGGCUGGCACGGGGCGAUACGUAGCACAGGAAUAUCAUCUGAGUGUUUGGAUUACAAUGCCCCAGAUCACAACCCUACUGGAGCUCACCUUUCUCUGUUUGGAUGCCAUGGACAAGGCGGUAAUCAGUUUUUUGAAUAUACCACAAACAAAGAGAUUCGCUUUAAUUCGGUUACUGAAAUAUGUGCCGAAGUACCAGACCAUCAGACCUACAUCGGAAUGCGGCAUUGCCCGAAAGAUAAUGAUCCAAUUCCUGAGAACAUCAUCUGGGAAUUUCGAAACGAUGGAACAAUCUACCAUCCACAUUCAGGAACAUGCCUUAGUUCAUACCGUACACCUGAAGGCCGUGGAGAUGUACAAAUGAAGGCUUGUAACACUUUGGACAAAAACCAGCAAUGGAAGUUUGAGAGGUAGAAGAACUGGAGGAACCACGCAACGCAGACUGAAAACUGAUUUUUGCAGCUAUAACAAAACAAAAA